AUCCUGUAAGUAUAUGUGAGUAAUUGAAACUGAAAGUAAAAUAGGGUGUCUCAUUUAUGAACAUGGCUUCGAACCAUCAAGAGGAUUCGGAAAACUUAUAUGAGAAUGCAUCAGAAUUCAGUGACUCCAACUCUGAGACUGCCUCAGAUUCAGGCUCAUGUCACAGCUCGGACUCCAACUCUAGCGAUAGAACUGCCAAACGUAACAUUUGUAGGUAUUACAAUGAUGGUCACUGCCGGUAUGGAGACAAGUGUCAAAAUGAGCACAUAUGCAAGUACUACGUGAAUGACUCGUGCCGCUAUGGUGCUGGAUGCAGACUAAACCACAAUCCUAGAUCACAUGCAUCACGUGGACCAAAUGAACGUAGAGAGAGGAAAAGCUAUGGUGGACGGCAUAGAAGAAAGAGUAGUCCCUCAUCUGAAGACAGUGAUGAAGACGAUGGCAGACCCUACAGAUGGCAGUUGGAUUUAGGAGAUGGCUGGGAGGACAUUGCCAAUGAUCACAUACUGGAGGCUCAGUUUUCACGACCCAACACCAAAGGAAUCAGGAUCUAUAACACCCGCGCUGGAGCUAUCUCGAUUGAUUUCACCAAGAUGAGAGUUCUUAAAAAAAGGAAUAUUAAAGUCAGACGUAAAGGAUCGAAACAGACAGAGUGGCUGUGGUAUUACCGUGGUGACCAUGGAUGGUAUCAGUAUGGAGAGAAGGGUUCAAAGGGCAAAGCCAGUCUGAUUCAGAGUUCAAAACUGGAGAAGGAAUAUCAAAAAAACCUGCAGGGUUCUGUUCAGUUCCCCAUCGACUCCCACACAUAUGAGAUUAGCUUUAAAGGAAUGUAUCAGAAAAAUGUAUCUACAGACCUUAAAAGACGGGUUAGGAGGCGUCCUAAAUAUGAACCGUCUCAAACUGGAGUAUUAACCUCCGUUUUCAAGAAGUUGAUGGCUCCUGUAAAUAAAACACCAGUGUGGCAGUUUGAAGGGAGGAAGGGUAAAUGGCACACCUUCAAAAACACGGGAGGAUGUUCAGUCUCAAGUGAUGACAUCGAGAAGUGUUACCAAAAGCAACAAAACACAAUGACCUUCACUAUUAAUGAUGACAAUUACACACUGAAUUUUUCAAGGAUGAAUCAAGUGAACAACAGAACAAAUGCCAAACGCAAGAUCCAGCGCACUUAACAAUGAUGCAUCCGAACAUCAAGUUUAUUGAAUUUAGGGUGGACGGGGUUAUGAUUUUUUUUUAGAAUAACUGUGUUGAAAACUUUGAAUUAUUAUGCAGUUAUGAUUACAAAUAAUAGUUGCUAUUAUUAUUAUGUGUAACAUAUGAUUAAUUAAUAUGAUGUGGACUUGAAACAAACGUACACAUUUUUUAUUUCCGUGUAAUUUGUGUAUAAAGAAUAAUAAUAUUCUUUUUCAAUCAUAUGUUUACUAAUCCAGAUGAACAUUUGCCUACCAUUUAUACAGUUUUUAAAUCAUCUGCCUGUUGUAAACUGCCGGAGAUUCAGUGUUUACACCUUUCUGUUCAUUUUGUUGAUUUCUCUUCCCAGUCAUACAACUUUAUUUUCUAUGUACACAUACUUAAUGGGGUUGUUUCUUAGCAUCAGCAUGUCCACAAUAGUGCUUAAUAAAUGACCCAUACAAAAUUUAGGGGAUACACAGAUUAACACUGUAAAAAUCCACUUAGGAAAAAUAACAGAAGAUCUCUAGUCUUUAUAGGGUUGGACAUAAUAAUUUGAAUAGGUAAUAUGUUGUUUUAUAUUAAGAUUUAGACUUUUAGACAAUAAAGAGGCUACAUGCAGAGCAAGGGAGACCUUUUGCUCAUUUGUAUUUUUUCUCUCUCAUUUGUUGUCAGGUGAGGUUUUCCUAAGCUGUUUUAGAAAAAAAGUUGAAUCUUAAGUGACACCUUACAGAGACUUUAUUAUCUAUGCAAUGAAAGAGUGCUCUGUGAACAAUGUCCUGAAGGCAAUCAUGUGACAAUCAGUUGUUUAAAAGCAUUUUUACUGGGUUUUUAGAUUUUACAAACUGAACUUUGUUUAACUCAGGGGUGUGAACCUUAUUAUGUAAGGCUUUGUGCAUUACAACACAUCCUAUAUGCCUUAGGGUUAUGGUUAUAAAAAUAAAUUUUCAUG